GCCGCGGAGCCGCCGCCGCUGCCGCCGCCAGUGACCGUCGCCGCCGCCAUGGUGCCGCCGGCGCUCGCGCUGCUCCUGGCGCUCGCCGCCGCCGCCCUGGCCGAGCCCCUCCGCUUCCUGGACUGCGGUUCCAAGGACGGCAGCAUCCAAGAAGUGAACGUGAGCCCGUGCCCCACGCAGCCCUGCCAGCUCCACAAGGGCACGGCCUACAGCAUCAACGUCACCUUCUCCAGCAAGAUUGAGAGCCAGGGCAGCAAAGCAAAGGUGUAUGGGGAGAUGCUGCAUGUGGACAUACCCUUUCCCAUUCCUGAGCCUGAUGGAUGCAAGUCUGGGAUCCAGUGCCCCAUUCAGAAGGGCCAUUCCUACAGCUACCUGAAUAAACUCCCUGUGAAGAGCGAGUACCCUAGUAUUAAGCUGAUUGUGAAGUGGGAGCUAGUAGAUGACCAGGACCAGAUGUUGUUCUGUUGGAAGAUACCAGUGCAGAUCACCAGCUGAGGAACCCUGUGGUUAGCAGGGCUUGGGGAGAAACAGAGAAGACGACACAGACCAAAUUCUUUUAUGUAAUAAGCAUUUCUUACUGCAUCCUUGAGAGAUCUACAGCCUCUGAGCAGCCCCUACUGUGUUCCUGCAAGGUCAGCAGUGGGCAGAGGGCUCUUAACCCUGUUAGAGCCCUCUGGGGUAUUCUGACAACGCAGGGGGAGCCAUCUGCUGCUGUUGGCAGGUGUGACAGAACAUUAGGGCAUUGCCUCCAAGUGCUCUGUGGAGGUGCUUUAUUUGCUUGAAACAGAGCUCGCUCUCCCUUCAGAAAAGGAAUUUCUCUCUGCAAUGAAACUGCCUAGUAUCUGAGCUGCUACCUGGUAAUCCUUCAGUGCCUCUUGUAGAAUGCUGGCUGCAUCCAUCCUCCUCCAUUUCUCCUGCUCUGUUGUGACCAGGGUGCUUUUGGGACACUCAUCUGUCAUCCAUAUGGCUAAAGGAGAGGGAAGAAGAGGAGGCUUUCCCUGAGCUGGCAAUGUAGUCUGUUCUGGGCCCUGCUGGAGCCAGCAGAUCUGCAGCUGGGAAAACUUUCUUUUGGUGGAUGUAAAGCCAAAUGGCAUUCACUGUCUCUGCAGGGAUGAUUCUUUCUCUAACAAAUGGUUUGCACUACCUGCUAACUUGGAGCUGCUGGGGGCUCCAUAACCUAUUUUUAUAGCUUUCCUUUUAAUAAAGGCUAAACAAAAA